CGUCGUGACAUCGCAUCGGUGAUUUAUUUUUUCAGUGAAAUUGGGAAAGAUGUUCGUCGUUUCAGCGAUGUAGCAGUAGUACCAGUGUGGAGCAAUGGCUUGCCUUAGCCAAAUCUUCCUAAUUCUGAUGAUUAUUAUGUCUUCUUCGUCUUCUCCUUUCUGUUCCGGUGGAAGUCGGAAGGAACUCCGAGAUAAAGAAAAUGUGGGUAAGAGUGAUACACAGGCGAGUUAUGUUUUAGGAUCUAAAUUUGUGGACCCGAGACGUGUUCUUCAGCUUUCAUGGCAACCAAGGGUCUUCCUUUACCGCGGGUUCUUGUCAGAGGAAGAGUCUGAUCAUCUGAUAUCUCUGAGAAAAGAAACUUCAGAGGUUAGCUCAGGGGAUGCUGAUGGAAAGACGCAACUUGAUCCAGUAGUUGCUGGGAUUGAAGAAAAAAUUUCUGCCUGGACUUUCCUCCCAAGAGAAAAUGGCGGCUCUAUCAAGGUAAGAAGUUACACUUCUGAGAUGUCAGGAAAGAAGUUGGAUUAUUUUGGAGAGGAACCUAGCUCUGUAUCGAGUGAAUCUUUGCUGGCAACCGUCGUUCUCUACCUCUCAAACACAACUCAAGGCGGAGAGCUUCUCUUCCCAAAUUCAGAGGUGAAACCCAAAAAGAGUUGCUCAGAGGGCGGUAACAUUUUAAGACCAGUGAAAGGAAACGCAGUUCUGUUCUUCAGCAGACUCUUGAAUGCAUCUUUGGAUGAGACAAGCACUCAUAUGAGAUGCCCUGUGGUAAAAGGAGAACUGUUAGUAGCAACAAAACUGAUCUAUGCGAAGAAACAAGCAAGAAAUGAGGAGAGUGGGGAAUGCAGUGAUGAAGAUGAAAACUGUGAACGAUGGGCUAACCUUGGGGAGUGCAAGAAAAACCCUGUCUAUAUGAUUGGCUCUCCUGACUACUACGGUACCUGCAGAAAAAGUUGUAACGCUUGUUGAUUCUUCAAUCUUAGUGCAAAUAAAGGGGCGCAUAGUAACUUUUUCAAUACUUGAACCUGUUUUUGGUCUAUAUGAUAGAAUAAAAUGUGAAUAGUUAA